AAGCAGCAGGCUGCAAACUGUUCUUAUCCUCAUAUAAGUGUCCCGGAGAUUCCUGCUUGUUAUUUCGAAGUAAAGGAAACGGGAAACUACUCGGAAGUUUCAAACAGAUGUCAGGAACAUGGGAUGCAUGUUGCCUCGGUUCUGUCUAAGAAAGAAAAUGAUUUUUUACUGACAUUUUUGAUGGGAAAAUACGGAAAUUCAUUCGAGCAUUUUCUUGGACUGACCGAACAAGGUACAUGGGAAGACGGUUCACCGGUUUCGUUUAUAAACGGUUCGUCCAGAUGCAAUGUGGCACUUACUAGGUUUGGCUGGAAAUGCCGCAUGUAUACUGAACACUCUGCUAUUUGCAAAAGGAUUAAAGUUGACUAA